UAUAAAUUGACUUGUAUCUUGUUCAUGGUCAUAAAUUUUCCACUUGCUCUAAACACUAAUGCAGUGUAGCUAAAUUUAAUUUUGUUGAUCUUCCACCCAGAAUGGAUUCACCCUAUGCAGCCAAGAUUCUUGAUAACAUCCAUGUUUCAGCACCGGCUGGCUCAGUUCCCACAACAACUCUCCCGCUCACUUACUUUGACAUCCCAUGGUUUCCUUGUGCCCCCAUGCAAAGCCUUUUCUUCUACGAAUACCCUCACCCUACCUCUCAUUUCAUGCAAACCACGCUCCCAACUCUAAAACAGUCUCUUUCCCUAACUCUUCAACAUUUUUUCCCACUUGCAGCAAAACUCGUGUGCCCCCCGCCACCCCUUGAGCCUAAUAUCCUUUACACCGACGGCGACUCUGUUCCCCUCACCAUUGCCGAAUCCGCCGCUGAUGUGAACCAUAUCAAAGCCAAUUAUGCACGCGAUAUCAAAUUGUUACACCCUUUUGUUUCCCUUCUGCCGCCAUCAACUAUGUCAUCACAUGGCAUACGGGUGCUACCCAUCAUGGCCUUGAAGGUCACAGUGUUUCCCAACGCUGCCAUUUGCAUUGGGAUGGCGCAUUACCACGUAGCAGCAGAUGGAAGCGCUUUCAUGCACUUCGUGAGAUCUUGGUCUUCCGUGUGUAAGUCAAAAGGAAACUCGACUUGUCUCGAUUACGUGUCGCAACGACCUUCUCAUAGCAGGGACGCAAUCAAAGACCCCGCUGGGUGCAAUGACGUGGCUCUGAAAGGAUAUUGGAAUUGGGUAUCAUCUUGGAGAGAGAACCUUGGCCCAACCAAGGAAAUGCCGAUGGACAAAGUUCGAGCCUCAUUUGCGUUGACCCGAGCUCAAAUCGAGAAACUCAAGCAGUGGCUCACGACUCAGUGCAACGGCAACGAUUUGGAAGGACUACACAUUUCAACAUUUGUCGUUGCCUGCUCUAUGAUGUGGAUAUGUAUGGUCAAGUCACAAGAGAGUGAAAUCUCAGCAAAUUGUCAUGAUGAUGAUAAGUUUUACUAUUUCCUUUUUGCUGUUGAUUGCCGGAGCCGCAUUGAAUUUCCUCUGCCCGUCACGUACUUUGGAAACUGUCUAGCACCAGGUAUUGUACGAGCCAAGAAGGGUGAGCUGAUGGGGGAAAGUGGGAUAGUAACAGCCGCGAAAGCAAUUGCAAGAAAAGUUAAAGAGAUGGAAAGUGGAGCUCUAAAAGAAGUAGAAAAAGGGCCGUCAAACCUUGAGGAAAUGUUAGCAUCGGGGCAUUAUCUAGGGGUUUCUGGGUCACCGAAAUUAGGAAUAUAUGGUAUGGAUUUUGGGUGGGGGAGGCCUACAAAGGUCGAGUUUGUUCACUUAGAUGACGGUGGAUCUUUGUCUCUGGCGGAGUGUAGAGAUGAGCCAGGUGGAAUUGAAGUUUCCUUGGUUCUUAGUAAGGAUCAAAUGGAUUCAUUCACUGCACAUUUUGGAGAAAGCUUAAGGAAGGCCUUUUAAGAAUUCAUCAGUGUGAUGACUCCAUCUUUUGUGUUCCAUAUGUUUAACUAGGUCCAACAUGCAGCAGAUCAUAAAGGGCCAGUCGUAUUUGGAUGUUAACAGUGGAGGAUCAAAUCAUAACCUUAUCUCAUCUUGUUUCUAUCUUUUACUCUAUGUAUUAGGGAUGACGAUUCCUAUGUGUUUUCUUUAAUUAUUACUUUAAUGAAAUGAAGGGACGUUUUUUGUCAUCA